CAUCUCUCCGCUACCGUAGGACCUAGGACCAAGUCAACAGACGUCAGCGAUUAGACGUCGGGGAUAUCCACGACCCAAUCGACCAGCUCUGGCACUGACAGCAAAACAUCAAUCGGAUUAUUUCUCUUAGAGUAUCAUCUAUCAUUAUCUAUUAAUCAAGUAUUCUUCAAUUGCAGCCAUGUCAAACGCAACACCGUAUAGGCCUUCGCCUCUCUCUUAUGGGUCUCAACAUCGAACAUCGCCGUUUCGGCGCGCCAACUCGCCAGCUUCGCCAUCGCCCUUACGACCGUCUACGUUACCUCCCUCUUCGCCGACCAAGCCUACAGUUGCAUCAUCUCCUCCCAAACCAUCCACACCAUCACACUCUCCGACCAAGAUGAGCGCAGUCGAGUUCGGGGGAAGCAGCAACAGAAACAGUUGGACAGCAGGUCUCGGCACGCCACCAAUGCCCAUGUCACCUCCAAAGCAACCGUCGCCACCAUCACCUCUUUCAUCGCCCAGCAAACCAUCGUCGCCAGACAAGUCAAGCUCUGCACAAUCUCUAGAGCUUCCACCUGCAUUUGGGACACGACGGAAUAGCGAGACAUUGGCCCCUCGUGCGCCGUCACCAGCACCGCCAUCUCCCACACCCAGCCGACCCGGUAGCAGCGCGAGCAUGGGAUUGGGUCUAGACCGCGAAAAUACACUUGGGCAUGCACGAACAAUCUCCCAGGAGCGUUCGAGCAAUAGCCCAUUCAUUGCGCAAGACCGGCGUAAUAGCACGCACUCUCUUUUUGCCACAACUGGAGCCACACAGGACCGUCUCGCCAGCAGCCCAUUCGUUUCCCAGGAUCGAGAGCGUGAGCAUGAGCGCCGAGGAAGCAAUAGCGCUACACCCGCUGCUGCUGCUGCCCUUGCCGCUGCCACCGCCCCAGCUGCUGCACCUACGCCUUUCGCUUCAUCGCCUUUCCGGCUAACUUCUUCUUCCUCUUCCUCUAUCAAGCCGCAAAACCAACCUCCCGUGCGCACUCAGAAAGGCAACACUAGCGCACCAACAUCAUCACUAGGCAAUGCAAAUCCCGCCCAAGCCCGCGAAAUGCGCGAAGCCUUUCAACUUCUCGACCGCGACGGCGACGGCCAAGUCACUCGAGACGAUGUCAUUGAUAUGCUUACCAACUUGGGCCAAACAUGCACCCCCGCCGACCUCGCGCCCUUUUUCCCACCCAACAGCAACAGCACUACUCUCAACCUCCCUUCAUUCCUCAACACCCUCACCUCUUUACUCUCCCCGCUCUCUGAUCCCCUCGAGCUCGAAAACGCCUUUGCCGCCUUCGACGACGACGACAGCGGUCAAAUCGACGCUGCAGAAUUGCGCGAUGCCCUCCUUCAUACGUCGCUAGAAGCGGGCGAGUCCCCGCUUUCAGAGCGCGAAGUCGAUCAGGUCCUCGCCAGCUUUGCAGCACGCAGAGCCUUUGCCAAAGCUAGUUCUACUACUACUACUAAGAGAGGACCCGCCGCGAAUAGAGCCCAAGUGUUCAAGUAUCUUGAUUUUAUGAAUACUGUUAGAGGCUCAGCGCCGAAUAUGGAGGGCGAUGCGGAGGUGGUGGCUUAGGCUUUUGUCCCUGUUUCCCUCUUUUGUCUUUUUUAUCUUGCCCGUGUUUUUUCCCUAAUGUCUCUCGUUUCUCUGGUCUGUGUUCCUCCCCCUUUCAUUCGCCUUCUCUUUUUUUUUCAUUUUUCCCUUUUUUUUGCUGGUUUUUCAUUUUCUUUUUCACAUCCUUCUCGUAUAUUCUUAUACGGUUCUGUACCUUCUCUCGGCGUCUUGAGAACGGAUUAUGGAUUUUUUUUGGUAACAUAUUUCCUGCUUGUUCAAAGUCAUCAAGUUACCAAGUCAUCAAGGUAUAUCUAGAAGUGCAAAGAGUACAAUACACUGGACGUGGGGCGUGGGACGUGGGACAUCGACGUCGACGUCAACGUCAAGAUCUAACGAGCGGACAAUUUUGAUUCUGCUAAUACUUGAUGCAUUAAUAUAUUACGGUGAUGGUCCUGCGUAUUAUAGUUAUCUACUUUAGCC